AUGCCAUACAAUGGAUGCAGCCAGUCAUCUCAAAAUUAUUUUCCGCCUAAUGUCACCACUUAGGAGUACCGCAGAACCCCCAAAGUCCGCGAGCCAAGGAACCGAUUCGGCCGGAAAGACUUACGUGCCUUGUCGCGAUGCAAGCAAGACAGGCAACGGCGAGCUGACUUCCUCUAACACAUUGGGCUCAAAACGCUCCGCCUUCUGCAACUCCGUUUUCUGGAAACCACGGAGCUCGCUGAGAUGCACAUCGAUGAAGGACGCGUCACGCUCCCGGCGCUGGCGGUUAACCUCUUCGAUACGAAGCUGCUGGUCAUCGGCGCGGUUGCGAGAUGAGAAUAGCGCGAAGAUUCGGCGGGGAGAUGAAGCGAUGGCGGGGCCCUGCUUCGUCAUGCGACAGAUUCGAUCGUACAGGUCAAUCAUCCAACCCUUUGGCAUGGCGAUGAUGAUAAUGAUCAGGAUGACGAGCAAAGCCAAGAUGAGCAGGGGCACCCAUUGAAUCUGGAUGCCGGGAUUCCGGGUGGUAUCUACAUUUGCUGCGCUGUUGCUUGCCGAGACGAGAUGGAGUGUGCUGUUCAGCGGAGCCAU